AUGGCACUCCGUCAUGCUGAAGAUUGGAGAGACCACACGCUCGUCGUUCCUGCUCACCCCACUGACACUGCCCAUGCAUGCAGCAGCGGAGGCCAAGACGUUGCUGGCGCCUUUUCUGCAAACCUGCAUGAACUGAACAUCUCCUACACCCUGAACAUCACCCAGUCGCCCUCCUAUUUUCAGCACUAUAUGCAACUGAUCGAGCCCAACCCAACGCAGCUGGUGCAAAACGCGCAAUAUGGCGGUUGUCUUAUCCCGCUCGAUGUCAUCCAGCAGAACAACUCACAGCUCACGGAUGCCGUCCAGAGACUCACCGCUGAUGCGGUCACAUUCGUGGGCAUUGGUCUGAAUGUCUCGUCAUCUGUGACAGGCAAUAUCUGGAAUUCAGUUCCCCCUGCGUGGCGUACAGCGGCAUUGAGUGUUAUCUUGAACUGGCCCGUCGGUGCCAACCUCACCGAGAUGAAAAUCCUAGCAGGCCGAAUGAUGACCGAACAGGCGGAUCUCCAACAGCCAGACUGGAAGCAGGCCUUUUUUGGUUCCAACUACAAUUCGCUGCACGCGAUCAAACCGAAAUAUAAUCCAUUCCGGACUUUUAAUGCUCCGACAUCAGUGGGCAGUGAUGACGGGAAGUUCAGGCUGAUGGUCGUCUGUGCCAGGCCAGAAUAA